AAGGGACCUCUGCCCACUACACCAGUCAACCAGGCCUCCAGGAUAGAGCAGCCCCUCCCCAUCGCCAUCAUGAACUGGCACAUGAUCAUCUCGGGGCUGAUCGUGGUGGUCCUGAAAGUCGUUGGAAUGACUUUCUUCCUACUGUACUUCCCGCAGAUCUUUGGCCAAGGCAGUGAGCACAUCAUUCCCACGGAGAGCUACGGAACAGUCCCAAAGAUGUUUACAGGCCGCUCUGCAUCCACAGAGAGCUCCGGAACAGUUUGCCCCAGAGGGUGGAACCUGCAUCAAGGAAGAUGCUUCUUCUUGUCCUCCUCUGAAUUACCCUGGAACAGAAGCAAGAGCAAUUGUGAAGCAGAGGGAGCCACUCUGGCAAUAGUCAACACCCCAGAGAAGCUGGAGUUUCUGAAGAACAUAGCUAGCGCUGAGCAGCACUUCAUCGGCUUAACCUACCAGCCCGAGGAGAAGAAGUGGAGAUGGAUCAACAACUCCAAAUUCAAUGGCAACGUCACCAACUACUCUCAGAAUUUCAACUGUGUGACCAUAGGCCUGACCGAUACAUUCGAUGCUGCAUUAUGUGACAUCAAUUACCGCUGGAUCUGUGAGAAGAGUGCCAAAUGACCACCAUCCCUUCGGUCUCUGAUGAGAUCACCAAAUACACCGGGGAAGCAGCGGAAAGAGCACUUACACCUGGAGCAGGACAUACAGGGCUUCCGAGCACUCCGUCAGCCAUCCACAGACUCCUUGAGAAGAUCCCUAGUGGAUCCCAGGACUCACACACCACUCGACAAAUACGCACGCAUGCACAUCCCUGAGGCAAACGCCCCAUUCUGAGCCAGCAGUCCCUAAGACCCCUUCCCUGUGAGAAUCUCCCUUGUGGUCCAUUGUAGAUGCACGUAAGUCCUCUGGUCAAUGCCCCGUUGUCAAUAUGUCUACUAGUAGAGGUCCCUGCUUGGUUUCAGGGAUGAAAUUUGGGGCUCUGCUUCAGAGGCUGGGUGGUAGUCACCUCAGGAAAAGGGUCCAUUUCAUGGAGAGGACUCACCUGGUGUGACAUGGAAUCUGUUUCUAUAGAACUUGGCAUUUCUGAUUGACCAGCAGCGAUGUGCCUGUGGCCAGGGUUAGCUUUAGCCUUAAACAUAGGCCUACACAACCAUGGAAAAACUGCAGACUAUUCUGGCAUGAAGGUCCUUUAAAGAGUUUUAUGAGUGGAAGAGGAUAAACUAAGCUUGACCCCAUUCCUGGUCCCAAGAAACACACCUUCUGUCCCCCUUCCCAUGGGCCCCCGGGUGAAGUGGGAGAGGCCUCUGCAGUCAGCAGUGAGGCCAGGCCUGGGGAAGGACACCUAGAGCAGAGCCUGGGUCAGGCAGGGGAGUGCUCCGGCCUCAGAAGACAGCCAUGAAGUCAAGUGGUUGAGCAAACUGGCUCUCUCUUCUUCAACAAAGCCCGGAAGGGACUCUUGAGCUGAGCAGUUUUCUUGAUCUGACCUGACCCUCCAAUAUAGCAAAGAUGCCUCCUUUGCCACCAGAAUUUGCAUAAGUACGUUCCCUUCCUUGAUGGCCUGACCAUACAGCAUUGAGUGUGUUUUAGGAAUUGGGGAGAGCUUUGAGCUCCACCAUACAUUCCUCUCCAUAGUCGUAGAGAUCUCCUGCUGCCAGUGUCCAGCUACUGACACUGAGGUCUCCGCCUGCACUAGCUGGGGACCCACUGGCCCAGUCUUGCCCCUCUGACCCAAGGGGAACAUUGGAUGGGGCAAGGAGAAGCAGACAGUAGAAAGAGGGAAGUAAAAAAGAAAGAAAGAAAGAAGGAAGAAAAUGCCAUAUGGAGGAGGGAACGGGGAGCUGCCCUAGCCGUCCUGGGGGAAACAUAGGAGGAAGGAAGAUAGGCUUGGACAGCUGGUUCUCCACACUAGCAACAUGGCCUCCACUCCCCUCUCCUCGGUGUGUGGAAAGGAGGCACUAGACCGCUUCCUGAUGCAUCUAGAGGAGUGAACAUCAAACCAUCAUGAAAAACCAUAUAAAGCCAAUGAGAAAAAAUAGUCACCUACGCGGAGCUGCUCACCAUUUGCAGACGGACGGACACAGUGGCAUCAACAAUGGGCAACAACACAGUAACAAUUCUGAGGAUAUGAAGGACGGGGCAGUGUGUCCCUCUGUUGUACGUGGUGCACUGCUGAGGGCCAAGGUCAACUCAAGGGCACCCAACAACAGCAUUUCCUGUACAAGAGGCUUCAAGAAGUUUGUUUGAAAAUGGAAUG